AUGGAUCCGACCAACAGCAACAAGACCUCCCAGAUGGGACGGAGGAUCUCGACUAGGAACUCGGUCAGGAUAUCCGUCAAUGGCGGUGAUGAGGACUUUGAGCUUGCAGCUGGCCUGAUUUCGGACGGAUUCAGACCCGUGCAGCAGCCGCGAACUGAGAGCGAGUCGUCUGCUCCCUCUUUUGUUACUCCCUCCACCAGUGCUUCCUCGGUCGACCAGGUCCACGAUAUUCAACCAAGAGCGCCGCCCACCAGCCGUCCCUCAAGCGUAUCAAAACCUCACAGGCCGGAAGAAUCGUUAUCGCUCCGGCACGAUGGGGGAAUGGGUUCAAUUGAUGCAUCUGCCAGGCUAGCUAGGUCAUCGAGCGUAUCAACCGACUCGGUCGCAUAUGUCCACGUCGAGUCUCCCUAUCGAGGACCCGACGGCCCUUCUCACCCUUACCAACUCUAUCCCCAAAAUGUGAGGCUGGCGAGGACAAUGAGUACGACGACGGCCUCGACCGAUCCCGUCUCAGAGUCGUCUUAUGCGGGGCUCAGAGCCCCGGCUCAUCCGUAUGGUUUAUAUCCCCAAGACACUGCUGCCAAUCCGAUCAGCGUCCCCGCGCCGGCUAUACCUCUUGGUUUCCACGGCCUUCCCGACCAAUAUCAACGGCGGAUAGGCCCCGAGGGCGAGGAUAUAGCCGACAUGAUAGGCCCAGAUGGGCACACAGAACAGUUACCACCUUACACCAGAUACCCGGAUGAUGCAUACGCGCAGAAGGCUAUAGGUGCCGAGGGAGACCUUGGUCCUGCAAUUGGGGGGGCCAUGGUAAUACCAGCCGGCCUUAUCUUACCGACAUCGACAACCAGAGAAAUUCCGGGGGCGGGAGGAAUUGGGCUUGCGACCAGAAACCCGGAGUUCGAAUCUAUGGACGAUCUGGGCUCUCCCCAAUCCCGGCAUUCGUCGCGCAGCUUUGCCUCUGACACCAGCCAUCAUGAUAUCAACACAGCCGCUGCAGGUCUGUCGGAAAAACAUAGGCCCUCAAAAACAUGGCAAGCCUGGAUGAGGCGGAGAUUAUGGGGAAUCAUCCCAUUCUGGGCGAUAUUCCUCACAGGCGUGGUUCUUCUUUUAAUGGGAGCAAUACUGGGCGGCGUCAUCGGCGCCUUUUUAGAUAAGCAGCACAAGAAACCGCCACGCCCUGCCUUCCCCAACCCGAAUUUGAUGCCGACGACCACAGCCACGCCAGAUGCCACACCUAUCCCUACUCCAUCAGAUCUCCCGCCUUUGCCCAUCGGAACAUUUGGCAUGCCGUUGGUGCCGAGCCGGGUGUCACCUUUUUGUCUUAACGACACAUCCCAGUCGCAGUCGUGGGGUUGCUACUUUGUCAUAUCCGGUCUUUAUAUGACAAUCAGCAGAAAUUCGAACGCUGCCGGGAGUGAUUACAGCGUCAGCAACAAUGUCUACUCGUACGGCGAGCAGCCCCCGCUAGUCGAAAACCCGGUUUCUUUAGAACUUGUUAACGACACGGUUGAGACGGGCCGCGGACCAGCUUGGUUCAAAAUGCUACCCUACAACAAGACCGUCGUCCUUCCCGCGGGGGCACUUAGCCCAAGUACCAGUGUGUCCAAUCAAAGGAUACGGCGUCUUGCCUCGGCCUACGAUCCCGGAAUAGGGGAUUUUAGGCGCAAAGGAGUGUUGGGGCCCGGUGAUACAGCAUGGGUUUGCACCUGGCCAAACACGUAUCUUGAGCUUUUCAUUUAUGCCCAACAAAACUCGAGUUGGUCUGGGUUCAAACCGCCGUCGUCGUCACCGUCAUCCCUGCCAUCAUCCUCCACGGCAUCCUCGUCCUCAUCAUCAGCGCCGUCUCCACCGUCAUCAUCAUCUGCACCUCCCUCCUCGACAGCCUCAGACGCAGCAGGACACCAUAUACCAACCGGAUCGUUUCAAUACGGAGGCUCGCCGACUGGCGAGCCUCAGUACAACGGUUAUUACAACCACAUCAGCGCCCGUUCCCCAACCAAUCCCACUACUCUUACUCCAACUUCACCUUAUGGGCCCAUCGAUACCGGGGAGGGGUUUACGCCACCCCCUCCUCCUUAUCCUAGAGUCAUCAAGCUAGAAGAGCGUCGCAUGCCCGAUGCACCUGCGGCGCAGUGUACUCAGGUCCAAGUACAAGAGAGGGGCGAGCCAGCCAAGCCCGUACGCGACUCCAAGGGGAACAUAGUCUCCCUCGCGAUUGCGGAGAAGAAUCCCGUUUCGGCGAGUAGCACUCCGACUGCCGAUGUCAGUAAGAGAUCACCUCGUGAGCAUCUGGACUCGAGUAUAUUCCAGCGUGAAGGGGAUGCCGAGAACCAAUGUAGCUGCGUGUGGUUCCUCACGUGA